UCUCUAAGAUCAGUCUUUCAUCAGAGGUUCUAAGAUGAUUGUUUAUCACGCAUAUCUAAAAUACGUCGCCUUUGCGGUGGCCACAGUCACAUUCCCCAUCAUAGGAUUGGUUAUUUUAAAGAUUAUUCAAAAGUUCACAACAGGCAGGUGCAAAAGCUUAGUUUGUUUGAAUGGAAAAACAGCGAUUGUCACGGGAGGUGGUUCAGGAAUCGGCUUUGAAACGGCUCUCCAACUGGCCUCCCGCGGUUGUCGAGUAAUAAUCGCGGACCGAGAAGACGCCACCAAAUCCAAAUACAAAAUCAUUGACCUUACCAACAACACAAACAUCGAAACAAAACAUCUUGACUUAACUUCCUUCCAGUCAAUUCGACGAUUUGCAAAAGAAAUUAACGAAACUGAAGACCGACUGGAUAUUUUGAUCAACAACGCUGGCGCAGGAUCCGUCGGAAAUAAACAUACUGAUGAUGGCCUACAUAUUACUAUGCAAGUCAAUCACUUUGGUCCUUUCCUUCUAACUCAUUUACUGGCUGAUCUGUUAAAAAAAUCAGCUCCAAGCAGAAUCAUUUUUGUAAGUUCUGCCACAGCCUUUUUUUGGAAUAAUCUAACAGUGAAAAAUUUGAAUUACCCAAAUAACCAUCCAACGACUUUCUUUCGAUCAUCUUUCAUUUAUGGCAAUUCAAAAUUGUGCAACAUCAUUGCGGCCAAUGGCUUUGCCGAGAGGUUGAGCAAAUUUGGAGUUACGUCAAAUUCACUCCAUCCGGGUCUUGUUAACACUGAAAUUCACCUUAAGUCGGCCAGAAUUAUAGGAAUUGAAACAUUUGGAAAAUUAUUUGCAAAUACCAUUUUGUACUUGUACGGUAAAACUCCGAAAGAAGGUGCCCAAACAACUAUAACCCUGGCAGUUUCAAAUCAUUUAAACAAUGUAACGGGGAAACAUUUCUGGGAUUGUCGAACUUUUAUCCAACCUCCGAAAGCUUGGAAUAAAAAGUUUUGUAACGAAAUUUGGGAAAAGAGCGAAGAAUUGACUAAACUCAAGCCUGAAGAAAAGUUGUCUUUGUAGAUGGUUUAAUAACUUCCAUUUUUGCCGAGGUCAUAAUAAUCCACUUUUUCUUUUUCUCUGUAUUGUUUGUUAAUUUGAUCCCUUGACUGGUGUGAGGUAUUAAAAUAUCGCAAAGAUGACACAGACAGCGCGGCUAAUGGUCUCAAACAUCGACCUUCUCAUAGGUUCCGACCUAGACAUCAAGAGCUACUCGUGAUUAAGUCUUCAGUUCGGAAACGUGCGCGGUGCCGUAACCAGCCGUAUUGUCACUGUUCAAUUGUGUUUCACUGUGAGUAGCUCUUGAUUUCUUGUUUUGAAAAUAAUUUAUAUCAUUGUUUAUCAACUGUAUUUGUUGGUUAAUAAAUUUCGUUAUUUUUUUCCAAAAAUGUUAA